AUGGGCACUUCAGUCACUUCUUUGGCCAAAAACGCAAGACGAACUGCCCUUAAGGCCUCACCAAAAGGUGCUCGCGGCUUGAGUAACGCUUCCAAACUGGCACAAUUGUUUGCUCAACGCUACCCUUACAACGGGAAAUCACUGUCCACCGAUCUAGAUGCGGUUGAGAAACACGUCAAGAGCCAGUUCAGCGAUCCUGAGAACUUCGCUUUCGAAGGUUUCCCGCCGACCGAUGAAGUUGCAGCUCAGGUACGUACUUGA